AUGAACGACGCCGAAGUCGCUGAGGUCAAGGCCACCGCCGCCGAGGCAGACUUCAACGAUAUGGCAAUCGCGGCCAUUCUGAACGAGAUACGGAGAGACAUGGAGAAGUUCCUCCUGUCGAUCAACGACAUUGGAACUGGAGGAAGCACCGAUAGCACUUCCGAGAAGAACAUCGCCAACGCAGCAGCAGCAGCAGACAAGGAUGCAAUCGCGGCCAUUCUCAACGAGAUACGGAGCCACAUGGAGAAGUCCCGCCUGUCGAUUAACGGUUUUGGAACUGGAAGAAGCAUAAACAACACCUCCGAGAAAAACAUCGCCGACGGAGCAGCAGUAGCAGACCAGACCGCAAUCGAGGCCAUCUUCUCCGAGAUGCAGAACCGUCUGCAACAGUCCAGCCUGCGCAUCAACGGCGUCGGAACGGCAGGCUCCGACAUCACCGCGUUUAUCGAGCCCUUUGGAGGCGAGGAUGAGGUUGAGGAGAAUGAGGACUUUGCUCUUGCGUUUGCGGCGUAG